CCCGCCCGCUGCCUUUGUAUCGUCCAUCCACCGAGUCCCGUCCGACACGCCUUGAUCCAGAUCCGGCCACCUCCCCGCCCGUCUCUCCCUCCUGCUGCCGGCGCCCCCGCCGUCCACGUCCGUCCACGCCGGCGAGCGGCGGAGAUCCGCCGUCCGGACCUCGUCUCCGUCUGCUGAAUUCCAACAGGCAGCAGCAUAAUUCAGCGUGGAGAAAUGGCGUCAAAGAAAGUAGAGUUGGAUCACAAGGAUAUGGUCCACGACUCUGCUAUUGAUUACUACGGCAAGCGCCUUGCUACUGCUUCCUCAGACACUACCGUAAAGAUCGUUAGCAUUGGUGCUGCAACCGCCCCUUCCCAGGUUCUUGCAACGCUGAGUGGCCACUAUGGUCCUGUGUGGCGUGUUGCAUGGGCCCAUCCAAAGUAUGGUACAGUCCUUGCAUCCUGCGGCUAUGAUGGCCGUGUCAUUGUUUGGAAGGAGGAUGCUCGAGGCAAUUGGUCUCAAGUCCAUGUGUUUACUGACCACAAGUCGUCUGUCAACUCCAUUGCUUGGGCUCCGUACGAGGUUGGCCUUUGCCUCGCCUGUGCAUCUUCUGAUGGAAGAAUAUCCAUCUUGACUAUGCGAGCUGAUGGGGGCUGGGAUACUUCAACCAUUGAGCGAGCACACCCUGUUGGCGCGACUGCCAUCUCUUGGGCUCCAGCAACUGCACUUGGUUCACUGGCUGGUUCAGGGGAGCUUGUUUAUAAGCUUGUCUCUGGAGGGUUUGACGCUGUCGUUAAAGUCUGGGGAUUUGUCAACGGUAGCUGGAAGCUGGAGAGUGCUCUUAUCUCUGACAUGCACACUGAUUGUGUUCGGGAUGUCGCCUGGGCGCCAGUUUUGGGCUUGGCCAAGUCGACCAUUGCCAGUGGUUCCCAAGAUGGGAAGGUCAUCAUCUGGACCAAGGGGAAAGAUGGAGACAAGUGGGAGGGAAAGCUCAUGCGGGACUUUGGGUCUCCUGUCUGGAGGGUGUCUUGGUCCUUGACUGGGAACAUACUGUCCAUAGCUGCUGGUGAGAACAACAUUACACUCUGGAAGGAAGGGUCAGAUGGUCAAUGGGAGGAGGUGAUGAAGGUUGAACCCUAGGCUGUGUGACAUUUUCAAGUCUCUUGCAGAUCCAUGUUUCGACAAAGACGAGUUUGCCUUUGUGUUUUACUAGUGCGUCGAUAAACACUAUAUUCACAUAUUUUUAGUACUUUCUCAUGAGCAACUAUACUCUUGGAUGGAUGGGGUGCGCAUUAGAAUGCCACUUUCUGAUUGGUGAACCUGCUUAGUUCUGUA